UUAGCAUUGGAAACUUCCUACGUAUAUCUGAGAGACAACGGAAAUUCUAAGGUCCUUUACUGAAGCAGGUGUACCUCGAUACGAUACGCCAGAUCAAUCAUGGCAGUGAGAACUCUCUUGGUAUUGGCAUUGAUUAUGGUAAGCGUAUGUCGCAGUCAUGAUAAGUGUUUGGAUAGUUCUGACUGCGAAGACCAUUCAUGUAAGAGUAAUUCAGAUUGCUCCGCUUUGGGUAGGGUGUGCUGCGAUAAUAAGUGCUCAGAUGGCCAAAAAUGUGUUGGACAGUCAUGUAUUGUCGACUCAGAUUGCUUCCAAAAUCAACACUGCUGUGAACAUAAAUGUUCCGGCGAUGCCAUAUGUGGUAUCAAAAACUUCACAUUGGUUAUAGCUCUUGUUGUAUUUGGCCUUGCCGCCUUCAUAAUCAUGAUCUUGAUCGUGAUCAUAAUUAUUGUCAAGAUAUUGUGCAAUUCACCAAGGCAUGCAAUAUCCGCGUGUAUAACAACUUUACAGCAACAAUUUUAUGGAGCCAUAGGGCAACCUAAUGCAUGGGCAUUACGUCAUCCCAUAUGUCAUUUCCGUACACGAUUGCAGAGCGAAACUGGGAAGGAGCUCGCAAGUAUAGAUUUACAUGCAAGAAUCGCAAUUAAUAUUUGCAAGACUCAUUACGAAAGAGAUCGAUCGACCAUGGGAUUGAGAAUUCUUCUGCUUUAUACCCUCUUCUCAGUAAACUAUUUCUGCACUUCAGCGAUGUUCUGUGGUUGUGAUUACGACCAAGUUUGCUGUAACGGCUUAUGUCUUUACGGCUCAAACUGCUUAGGAAAUUACUGCUAUUCGGAUUCCGAUUGCUCUUUCGGCGAAGUCUGUUGUGGUAGUUCUUGUUCAGAUAGCUGUAGCGACAACGUGGGCGUUAUAAUUGGAGCUGUUUUUAGUAUUAUAUUUGGCAUAUUCUUGUUCUGUGUGAUCGUCAUUUGUUGUCGCCGAAGGCAAACAGUCCGAACAGUGCAACGUCCUAUACUUGGGCAAAGAGUGAUCGCCCGAACUACGACCACCACGACAACACGGAAUUACAGACGAGUACCCAACUAUCCUCAUCAAGGACCUUAUCAAGGACAACAGCCCUAUGGCUACCAGCAAGGAUACGUACGACCACCGCCGCAAUAUCCUGGAUAUGGAGCUACAAACCCAAUUGCAGGGGCCUACCAAAGCGGAAGUAAUGCUCCGCCACCAAUGUCUGUCGCUCAACCUCCCCCUUAUGAAGAAGUUCCUGCGGUAGUAGCGAUGGGGAACGGAUGUACAGAUCAGAAAAACAAUUAUCCACAAGCCUCUGCACCUUCUAUGUAGAAAAACGUCAGAACAUCAAACAAAGAAGGGAGAAACACUUGUAUAUACUGUGUAUAUUGCGUUUUUGAUGCUGUAAUUUGAGACAUAUUUGACGUCAUGAAUGAAAUUAAACACAGAUUUUUCACUGAAAAGAUCCAUGAAAUGGAAGCCAGAGCUUCAUGUUAACAUUAGAACAAUCAUUAAGAUUUUUUUCAUUUCAUCAAUUUUAUAAAUUUGAUUUAUAUGUGUAUGUAAAUUAUCCAUUUUUUGAAUAGGAGUAGCUAAUAUUCCCAUUUCGAGUUUAUUCGCCAUUGCUCUGUCUUAGCCUCGAUUAUGUGCUGACGGGUUUGUUCUUUGUUUUGAUUAAGGUACACUGCAUAGUAAGGAAUGUAAAUGCUAUGGAUCAAUAGAAGUUGAUUAAAUUGCAACAGAUUUUGGUUGAA